ACAGCAUCAAUCUAAGGAGAACAAGCCAGAAGAUGUGCAACAUCUGAAGGAGGAUCCAGAGCUAAUAAAGGCUGAGCAUAAUCUAAUAGAAAAAGAAAAUGCUUGGGUGAAAGCACAAAGGGAACUUGUGCAAGCACAAGAAGAAAUUGGGCAAUGUUCCUACAGUCCGAUAGAAUUGAAGCUAUAGUAAGAAAGCCAUAUGGUGUUGACUUUAUUAAAAAAUCCGGGGAGAUGAUUGUCAGUGGGUGGGGGGAGAAUCGAGUAUUCAUCAUUAAUAAAAACAAGAUAGGAGAGCCAAUAGGACCAGAUCAGAUGACCCAGCCUGCAGAUAUAGCAGUAGAUGAUGAUGACUACAUUUAUGUUAGCAGUAAGCACAAGCUUCAGAAGUUCACAAGCAGUGGUCAACUAAAGGCAUGUGUUGGUAAUAAUGAGGCCAACGGUGAUGAUUUGACGUUUAAUGAUCCACGUGGAAUAACAAUACAUGAAAACCGAGUGUAUGUGUGUGAUCGAAAUAACCAUCGCAUCCAAGUGUUUAACCUUGACUUGGACUUCAUCAAGUCCAUUGGUUCGUAUGGAAACAGGGAGGGGGAAAUAGAUGCCCCUUAUGUAAAAUUUGACAAGGCCGGAAACAUGUAUAUUGUUGAGUUGGGUAACAAACGAGUACAAGUAAUGGACACUAAUGACCAAUUCAUCUAUACAUUUGGUCAAAGCAGGAUAGGCAAUAUUGGUCUCCCGACAGGCCUUCAUGUUGACAAAGACAAAAACAUAGUCUAUAUUUCUGAUUUUUCCAAUGAUCGCAUUGUAGUUUAC